GCGGGGCUGUGGGCGGGGCGAUGGUGCAGCUGGCCGUGCGCCGGGCGGCGGGCGGGGCGGCGGAGUGGCUGCUGCUGGAGCUGCAGGGGCAGCUGGAGGCGCGCGGCGGAGGCGGAGGAGGCGGAGGAGGCCUGGCGGGGCGGCUGCUGGGCGACCUGCACUUCACCCAGGAGGGCGCGCCGGUGCUGAUCGUGGGCCACCACGUGCUCUACGGGAAGGCGGUGCGGCUGGAGAAGGCCGUGGCCGUCCUGCGCAGGGGAGCCGCCGCGCCCGAGGAGCCCCGCGGCCCCGCCGCCUACGAGGUCGCCGCGCUCAUCCGCACCAAGCUGCUCUUCAAGACGCGCCCCAAGCCCAUCGUCCCCAGCGCGGCCAGGAAGGCCUGAGUGCCCUGCAGCGCUCCCGCCUCGCUGCUCCUGGGCUCCCGGGUUGGCCUCUGGUCGGAGGCUCCAGAGCUUUGUCCCUCCCUCUGGUUGGGGCCCCGGUUCCUUUUGGGGGGGGGAAAGAACGGGAACCGGCUCCUCUGUUUACAAAGCUUUAUUAUUGUAACCAAUGUAAUAAAAAAAUCCAAACCUGUUUUUUAAAAAAUGAAAAUGUAAGUAAAAAAUAAAUAAGCAUACAAAUAA